AACUCAAACCAACCCUCAGGGAAGAAGUAAGCAAUCAGCUGCCCAGAGCUAAGCCUUCUCCCCCCUCAUACCAAACGCCUACCUUCUCUCAUUUUCCAUUUCCAUCACCGCUCUUUGUUUCCUCCUCUUCAAAAUUUUCCCAGGGGAGACGCCAAACACACACCAAGUUCAUAAUCAAAAUUAAUUAUGGAGACCAAGCAAGACACCGUGAGCCAAGAGUUCAUCUUCCGGUCGAAGCUCCCCGACAUCUACAUCCCAAACCAUCUCCCCCUCCACUCCUACUGCUUCGAGAACAUCUCCGAGUUCCAGGACCGUCCUUGCCUCAUCGAUGGCUCCACCGGGAGGAUCUACACCUACUCCGAGGUCGAGCUCACUUCCCGCCGAGUCGCCUCUGGCCUCAACAAACUCGGCAUCGAGCAGGGCCAAGUGAUCAUGCUUCUCCUCCAUAACUCACCCGAGUUCGUGCACGCCUUCCUCGGCGCGUCCUUCUGCGGGGCCAUGAGCACCACCGCCAACCCCUUCUGCACGCCCCCCGAGAUUGCCAAGCAGGCAGCCGCCUCCAAGGCCCGGCUCAUAAUUACCCAGGCGGAGUUCGCCCCGAAGGUCAAGGACUUUGCCGAGGAGAAUGGUGUCAAGGUCAUGUGCAUUGAUUCUGCCCCGGAGGGCUGCCUGCAUUUCUCUGAGCUGACCCAGGCGGAUGAGGCUGAGAUGCCCUCGGUGAAGAUCGACCCGAAUGACGUGGUGGCGCUCCCCUACUCUUCGGGCACCACAGGACUGCCCAAGGGGGUGAUGCUGACCCACAAGGGGCUUGUGACGAGCGUUGCGCAGCAAGUGGACGGAGAGAACCCGAACCUUUACUUCCGUAAGGAGGACGUGAUCCUGUGCGUCCUCCCCCUGUUCCACAUCUACUCCCUUAACUCGAUCAUGCUGUGCGGGCUCAGGGUCGGUGCGGCAAUCCUGAUCAUGCAGAAGUUUGAGAUCGUGAAGCUCAUGGAGCUGGUGCAGAGGUACAAGGUCACCAUCGCGCCGUUCGUUCCCCCGAUCGUGCUGGCGAUGUCAAAGUAUGCUGACAUGGACAAGUAUGACUUGUCGUCAAUAAGGACAGUCAUGUCAGGGGCUGCGCCAAUGGGAAAGGAGCUUGAGGAUUCUGUCAGGGCCAAACUUCCUAAUGCCAAGCUCGGGCAGGGAUAUGGCAUGACAGAGGCAGGGCCUGUUUUGGCGAUGUGCUUAGCCUUUGCGAAGGAACCAUUUGAGAUAAAAUCAGGGGCAUGCGGGACCGUAGUAAGGAACGCUGAGAUGAAGAUUGUGAACCCCGACACAGGCGCGUCGUUGCCCCGUAACCAACCUGGAGAGAUUUGUAUUCGAGGCAACCAAAUUAUGAAAGGUUAUCUAAAUGAUCCGGAGGCGACCGAGAGAACCAUAGACAAGGAUGGGUGGUUGCACACGGGGGAUAUAGGCUACAUUGAUGAUGAUGAUGAGCUCUUCAUCGUCGACCGAUUGAAGGAACUCAUCAAGUACAAGGGUUUCCAGGUUGCCCCCGCCGAGUUAGAAGCCAUGUUGAUUGCCCAUCCCAGCAUUUCUGAUGCCGCCGUCGUACCGAUGAAAGAUGAAGCUGCAGGGGAAGUUCCGGUGGCAUUCGUCAUCCGAUCCAAUGGAUCCAAAAUCACCGAGGACGAUAUAAAGCAAUACAUCUCCAAACAGGUCGUCUUCUACAAGAGAAUCAAUAGGGUUUUCUUCACGGAGGCAAUUCCAAAGGCUCCGUCAGGCAAAAUUUUGAGGAAGGACCUCAGAGCGAAAUUGGCAUCCGGUGUCUCCGCCUAAGUUUUCAUUUGAUCUACUCAAGUCUCACCGGCCUUUAUAAAUUUAAUCUUAAGGGCCAUCGUCUGCACCGAUUAAAGGGGUGCGACAGUCUAUAUAAUGUUAUCUCCCGAUGAAAAUGGUUCGUUCUUCUUUUAUUUCGAUUUUCUUUCUCUUCUACAUCUCGGUAAUGUACUCUUUGGUCCCACGACCUAAAUGAACCAAGGACUUUGAAAUGAUCUGGAGCUUUUUCCUUUGCUUUUUUUUAAUGGAUUUAUUUGUGUAUAGUGAAAUACAAUGAACCAUCUGAUCAAGAUGAUGUAUAACGUGUUUACAGUUUUAUUUAAUUUGAUCUGUCCAGAGUGCUAUACA